AUGUUAACGAUGAAAUUAUUCCUUCAUUGUGCAAUCUUUUAUUUACUUACCUACGCACACGAUAUUAAUGAUGAUGACAAGGAACGUACGCCGAUAUUAAAUAAUCCGGAAGCAGAAGAUCUUGAACGGCAAUUAUUUUGGACGAGAAAACGAGCUGGCGCUCGAGCAUUUGGUUCAAUGAGAGGAAACAAUUUUGAAAAUCUUUUUUUCCCGAGCAAUAAACGACACCAAACCUUCUCACCGUACUACUACUAUCAACAAUUGAAACGUGGCGGUGGACAUCCCUUCUACACGUAUUGGAGUCCGUCAAAUGCUGGAAACGUCAAAUUUGUCGAAGGUUCGCCGUUUUAUAAAAAACGUUCGGUACUGCGUGAUUCAGAUGAUUACAUUUAUUGA